UGGACUUGGGCAAAACUUCUUCUUCUUCUUCUCCUCGUUCUUCUUCUUCAUAAGUGGCUGCAGCGGCUUCGAGCUGACGCACAGUUUCGGUACGGAAUGCCCCCCAGAAUGCUUUAAAAAAGAAAACAGGUACUGUGACUGCCGAGAACCAGCGUGAGACACAGAGGCUCAGUUCUGAAGUGAUGCUUCGUGGUCACUUUGUGUCACUGAGGUGGGAGAAUGUCUGUGGAGGUGGACGCGCUGCUGCAGGAGGCCAAGGAAAGCAUCGAGGCGGCCCAGAACUACCGCAGUGAACUCCAGCAGCGCCUGCAUGGCCUCAACCAGGCCCGCAAACAGGUUCGGGGAAGCUCAGGUCAGGCCCGCGAGGCCCUCCGGAGGCACUUUGCAGAGCUGCAGGUGGCGGCCACUCGGUUACUGACGGAGCGACUGGACGCUCUGCUGGCCGAGGUGGACUCUAUCGAGGCCGACAGCGUCAAACCGCUGGAUGACUGUCAGAGCCUCAUUGAGCACGGGGUGGGCCAGGCCGACGAGCUGCUGAGAGAGGGAGAAGCAGCUCUGCGCUGUGGUCUCGGGGAGAAGGAGGACAAACUGGGCAGCUUCACUAAGAAGGCCAUACACAUCCAACUGGACAGUCUACCCGAGGUACCAGCGUUGGUGGAUGUACCGUGUGUUUCAGCCCAGCUGGACGACUCUCUGCUGGUCCUGCUGAGAGACCGGGCCUUCCGCCACGGCUGCGUCUCCUCCCACCCACCGGUCCAGAUCGAUGAGCUGCAGGAGAGACCAGGAAGCAUCCUGGUCCGCUGGUGUAAGGUGGACGAGGAUUUCACGGCAGCAGAUUAUUGGCUGCAGCACCGGCGUUCUGGCAGCGGGGGGAGCCAGUACGAGGACUCCUACAUCGGACGGGACUGCGAGUUCCUGGUUCUCCACGUGGAUCCUCACACAGAUUAUCUGUUCAGAGUCUGCGCCCGCGGAGAGGGUCGCACCGAGUGGAGCCCGUGGAGCGUCCCGCAGACGGGAUACACCACACUCGCGUCGCACGAAUGGUGUUUGGGCACUGAGGGCUACGUCCUGAGCAGCAGAAGAAACAUCGCUCUGCGUAACGAGUCCUCUCAAACACGCUGCCAAGUCCUCUACUCCAACGCAGCCACGUACUUCUGUGGCCAGACGCUGACCUUCAAGAUCUCAGCAGCAGGUCAGGUGGAUCGGAGGGACAGUCUGGGCGUGUGCGUGGGCAACGAGAAGGGGGCGGAGUCUCUUCAGAGAGACCAGGCCGUCUGCAUCUCCACCAAAGGCGCCGUGUUCGUGAACGGCAAAGAGAUGACCAACCAGCUGCCCGCCAUCACCAUGGGCUCGGCCGUGACCUUUGACAUGGAGGUGGUGAGCCUGUUUCCUGUCGGCAACAACGUGAGCGACGGCUGCAGCUUCAAACUGCGGGUGACCAUUGGCUCCGGGAACCGGGAGGUGGUGUUUGAUUGGCUGGUGGAGCAGGCGGUGGACGGCCUCUUCUUUGGCUGCUCCUUCGUCCACUCAGGCUGGAAGGUCCUCGUGUUCUAAGAGUCACUCCUUCAAUCAGCGGGCGUUUCGUUUUUCCCCCGGAGCGUCGUACACACAUGAGCUCCGCUCUCUACAGCUUUGUCAUAUUUCUAACGUUCCUCCUACGACGACUUCUUCUCCUCCUUCUUCUUCUUCGUCGUCUUCAGGACGAUUGCUGAGUCUGGAAAAGAAAAAAACAGAGUGAAAAUCCAGAACCAGACUGAGACUCACAGUGAAAACACAGAGAGAAUCUGAUUUAGCCGCUUAAAAUCAUAAGAUCUAUAUCAGUUUACGAUAUCUUCAGAACAUGUUCACGUCUUUAUCUCAUUGUUAGACAGACUUUUCUGAAGUUUGUAAACCGCUCACUCUCCCACACCAAACCUCAUAGAGAAAAUCAGUGAUUUUAACAUCACACACACAGGAGUAGUUGAUCCACUGCUGCCUCCAUCACUAAGUUCAAAUGUCUUAUUUUGUCACUUUGGCUUUUGAAAUCCCACAUUCAGAUUGACCUCAGUGACACAAAGUGACCACAAGAGGGCAGCAGUAGACCAGCAGCUCCUGUGUCCCUGUGAGCUAAAAUCACUGAUUUUCUCUAUGGACUUUGGUGUGGGAGAGUGAGUGGUUAAUAAACAUCAUUUUCAAGUCUGGUAUAGUUUGUCUAACAAAAGAAAAAAUAAAGACACAAACACACAUUUGUUUUGUUUUUACUGCGAUAAAAUGACAGAGAAACUUUUUAAUUAUUUGAUGUCCUCAUGUUUACAUGUGACACACGUUUACACAUCAAAAGCAGCUGAAAUCACAGAAUCACUGAUUCAUGGGUUAGAGCUGACGCGGCGUUCGUUUCCCCUCGUUUCCUGACAGUGAUGCCGGACCCUGGCGUUUUCUUUCCAGACUCUGCGACGCACGGGAACGGAUUUCUGAUUUCUUUGUGUUUCUUCAAUCUGAAUCCUGAACCUUCUUUUAAGGUUUGCCAUUGUUUACAGCUGUUCUGUGUGUGCGUGUUUCAAAUGUUUAUCUAUGCAUCGUUUUCAUUUUGCCACAAAUACAGUUGAAUUUAGCUCGUCUUUAAAGGAUUUCAACUGAUGAACCUACUGGUAUGUUUUUGUGUUUUAUUUACAUUUUCGCAAAAAAAAAACUCACUGUGAAAAUCAAUCCAACAUUUAUAAAUAAACAAUACUUAUAUAA